AUGGAGCGUGCUUUACAGGUGCAGCAUGUUCCACACAAUCAGUAUGUAGAGUUUGCCGCUUAUCAGCUAGCGGGAGAGGCCCAGCCCUGGUGGCAAGCUGAGUGUCAUUUGCUACAGCUUCAAAUGCCAACAUUCCAUUACACCAACAAGUUUGAGGAACUCUGUAGGUUUUCUAGGGUAUGUCAAGGUGUCCCGGAGACUUACGAGAGCUGGAAGUGCAUUAAGUACCAAAGGGGUUUAAAGGAUAGCAUUAUGACUGCUGUGACUCCUUUGGAGAUCCGUGUCUUCUCUGACUUAGUGAACAAGGCUAGAGUAAUGGAAGAGUAUGCCAAAACCGUGGCGGCAUCCAAAGACACUCAUGGAGGGAGCUCUAGUCGGGGGCGUGGCAAGUAUUUUCAUCUGAGAGGACAAAGCUUCAAGAGAGGAGGAUAUGCGCCUCAAGGCUAA